AUGUCAGAGAGUUCCUUUGUAAGAGUGCCGUCUGGAGUCAAUCUCUCCCAGUCCGAUUCAAGCCGAUCGGCCGGUGUGGAUGCUUUUGCCGAGCAUCAAUCCUCUGGGCCGACCCCUCUCCAAGUUGCUAUUGCUCAACAUCGCACCGGUAUCCUGACUGCAACUGUCGCUGGCCAUUUUGCUCAUUGGCAAUAUCUCACUCGAUUCCGCCGGAUUAAUGUGCAAGCAACUGCAAACCGUCUCCCUCUUGCACAGCUCGGAUUGGCCUGGGGCCUUGUCUACCUCGGCGUGCUGAGCACCCUCACCCUCUCUCAGCGCAAAGUCGGCCGGGCCGACUUCUGGGCUGGUUAUCUCAGCGGGGCUAUUGGUAUCAUCAUUGGAAAUCCUCUCGACGUGAUCAAAGUACGAAUUCAGGCACAAAACAACAACCUUGUAUCGAAUCCACCCUUUUCGUCAUUACCAACAGGAACCACAGCGGCUGCCUCGGCCAUCAAUCAAGGCACAUCAUACACAGCACGGUAUUUUGCAUCUUACAGUUCUUGGAUAACUGGGACUGCCGCACCAAUUCUAGGCUACGGUGCUUUGAACGCCUUACUUUUUGUCUCAUACAACCGUACCGAGGCUGCUCUGAACAACACAUCUUCAGUGCCCGGGUCAUUGUGGAAUACAUGGAUCGCUGGUGCCGUGGGUGGUCUUACAACCUGGGUUGUUAGCACCCCUACCGAGCUUAUCAAAUGUAGAGCACAGCUAGCCUCUCCUCCCGCCUCAAGCUGGGCUAUUGCCAAACAAAUUUGGAGAGGUGAAGGUAUUCGAGGGUUCUACUUUGGAGGAGCUGUAACUGCCGCUCGUGAUAGCGUUGGUUAUGGCUUCUACUUUUGGUCUUAUGAGUUGAGCACACGUUGGUUAGCCACAGAGCCGGGUAGGGAGAGCUCGUUUCAACAUGAAGCUGCCAAAGUGCUACUCUGUGGAGGUCUAGCGGGCGUGGCAACUUGGGCUAGCAUAUUUCCACUUGACGUUAUCAAGACAAGAGUUCAGGCUCAGACCGUAGGAAGCCAAGCAGAACUAUCCCCUCUUUUGCAGCACAAUGGGCCAUCACCAACCGCACGAGCAGGUGCUAUUCAAAUCGCGCGCGAAGCCUACCGAGAGGGAGGCUCCCGCGUUUUCUUCAAAGGAUUGACGGUCUGCAGUGUCCGAGCCUUCAUCGUAAAUGCCGUCCAGUGGGCUGUGUAUGAAUGGGUUAUGUUGGAAUUUGGCCACGGACGCAAGCAGUCAGCGUCAUCCCUGCCUAGCGUAGAAGUAGCAUUUACAUGA